ACGUCUAUUAAGCACUUUUUGGCUUUUGCUUGAGAAUCCCAUAACGUAACCAAAUCCAAAUCAAAUCGCACCAGUGACCGCCAUGGAUGCCAAGCUCUUGCAAGCUUCAAUUCCCAAUGCUUCAGCCCACAACGCCUCAAGGCCUUCACUACCCACUCCCCAUUUGGUCAACCACACCAUUUUUAGCACCCCCAACGGUGUUUUCCGAUCAAAUCCCGGAAGAAAACUGCACCGUCCUCUCCAAGUUUCUUCUUUUGCUGCAACUUCUCCCAUCAGGUAUUCAAGUAAGAAAAGGGUGGAUGAGAGCGAAAUCUUAACUCUAGACAGUAUAAGGCACUCUUUGAUUCGACAAGAGGAUAGCAUAAUAUUUAGCCUUUUGGAAAGGACUCAGUAUUGUUAUAAUGCAGACACAUAUGACCAUGACACCUUCUCGAUGGAAGGAUUUCGUGGGUCACUGGUUGAGUUUAUGGUCAGGGAAACUGAAAAACUCCAUGCCCAGGUGGGGAGAUACAAGAGCCCGGAUGAACAUCCUUUCUUCCCAGCACACUUACCUGAGCCAAUGCUUCCUCCUUUGCAGUACCCUCAGGUUUUGCAUCCGCAUGCCGAUUCAAUUAAUAUAAACAAUAAGGUUUGGAAUAUGUACUUUAGAGAUCUCCUUCCCAGAUUAGUCAAAGCAGGAGACGAUGGUAAUUGUGGAUCAGCUGCUGUUUGUGACACACUUUGUUUGCAGGCGCUCUCGAAGAGAAUUCACUAUGGUAAAUUCGUGGCAGAGGCAAAAUUCCGUCAAUCCCCUGCAGAAUACGAGGCUGCCAUUAGAGCACAAGACGGAAAUCAACUGAUGGCGCUGCUGACGUUUGAAACAGUUGAAGCAGCGAUCAAGAGGAGAGUGGAGAUGAAAACGAAAACGUAUGGGCAGGAGGUUAAAAUCCACGAAGGGGAAGAUAAUGCAGCUAACCCUGCAUAUAAAAUCAAGCCACAUUUGGUUGCCAGUCUCUAUGGGGAUUGGAUCAUGCCUCUCACAAAGCAAGUUCAGGUUGAAUACCUCUUGAGAAGAUUGGAUUAAGUGAAAACAAUCACAAUUGUCCAAUAAACCCAUGAUUUCAUUUUGUUUAAUUUAUUAAUACUUAUGUAAGUUUUACGGAAGACUUUGCGCAAAACCGAGCGCAACAGUGUUCUAGAAUUCAUACAAUUGACCAUACUUAAUGGGAUAAGAUUUUGUUGUUGUGAUACAAAUGUGAAGACAAUAUUUACGAGUUGAGUUGUUAUUUCGUA